AUGGACAACAUUAGCAUAGGAAAUGAGAUCAAGGAUGGGUUUGAGCGUACAGACAAGUGGGUGAAAGCGAACUUGACAUGGCUAAGCGAAAUAGAGACAUUCUACAGACAGAGAGCGACCAUUGAGAAGGAAUACGCGGAAAAAAUGAAGCAGUUGACUUCAGCAGCAUUUAAAAAGAAAGCGGAAGAAACAGCGACGUUAAGUGUUGGAGAAAAGCCAUUGGUGACACCAGGAUCGCUUGAAAGUGCAAGUAUGGUGGCGUGGAACGAGGUUCUUACACAGACGGAGAACAUGGCGAAAAAAAGAGCUCAGUUAGGGCGAGAUUUGGAGACGAGAGUGGCAUCGGAAGUUAGAUCAGUGCAGGAAAGAUACGAGAGGUUGAGGCAGAGAUGGAAGCAGGCAAACGAGAGUCUGGUGAAGGCAAAAGAGAAGGAGCGGGCAAAUCUAAUGAGCAAGAAGAAGGCUUAUGACGAAAAAUGUCAGUCGAUGGAAAACCAGCGUGCGAAAAGUGAGAAAAACAGCAGUAGCAAGAAUGCAGAUAGAUACAAGAAGAAAGAGAAGGAGAUGUACAUCAGCAAGAAUGAGUACAUCAUGGGGUUGAGUGUGGCGAACAGAUUGAAGGACAAAUACUAUUACCAGGACGUGCCGGAGGUGUUGGAUGGAUUGCAGAGUGUGAAUGAGGCCAAGGUGAGUGCACUAAACGGAUUGCUUCUUGUGGAAUCGUACUUGGAGAGGCAGUGUAACGAGAAUUGCAGCCGGUGCCUGAAGGAUGCAGACGGUGUGAUAAAGCAGAACAUCCCUCGCUUGGACAGUGCGAUGUUUGUAAAGCAUAAUGUUGGCGGGUGGAAGGAGCCGGCAGACUUCCAGUUUGAGCCAUCACCAAUCUGGCAUGAUGAUGAAACGAUGGCUGUGGAAGGAGAUGCCGAGCUGGAGCAGCUUAAAGAGCGACUUGGCGGUGCAAGCUUGCGGUACGAGCGGUACGAGCAGACCUGCACGGCCGAGAAACAGCAGGUUGGCGAGGUUCUUGAGGAGAGAAAGCAGGUUUUGGGAGGAGACAUUGGCCGCAGUGUUGAGGUCAGGAAGAAAGAUGCGUAUCUGGAGUUUGAGAAGUUGCUUUUCCGCUCGAUUUCCAUGCUUGAGCAAUUCAGCAAGGAUGAUAGUGAGCGGGUGCGUUCCGAGGUUGAGAUUGAGACCAUACAGACUGCAACUGAAGGAAAGGACAUGACUAUUUCACAGAAGGUGGUGCAGCCCCAAAAAUCAUCACGGUUCGGCUUAUUUCACCACCGGAGGCGGAACGGAGCCAAAGAUACCGCCGGUAAUUCUGGAAACGGCGAUUCUUCGAUGUCGGCAAGCGAUUUGCAAAGUGUGACGAGUUCUGUCAGCAAACUCUCACUCAAAGGAGCCGGAAGGACCAAAUCGCGACUUUUCGGGGGAAAAGCCAUUGGCAGGUUUCUUUCCUCAACCGGAAACGAGUCAAGGAACAGUUCUAUGUCUAACUUCAGCUCCGAAAGUGCCGAAAGUGGUGCCGGAUACGCAAAAGCAAGAUUUCCAUACGAGGCAAAAGACGAAGACGAGAUCAGUAUUCAGGCUGGCGAAACGUUAUCGGUCUUACAGAUGGAUGAUGGGUCUGGCUGGACGCAAGUGCACACUCCAGACGGCAGUUCCGGUCUGGUGCCGACUACAUACAUUGAGAUUAUUCCAAGAAGAACCUCACAGACGAAAAAAGUCGGUCCUCAAGUCGCACCUAGACGCCACGGCAAGAAAAUUGUAUACAUGCAGGCCUUGUACGAUUAUCAGGCGCGUGGUUCUGAUGAGCUAAGCAUAAAGGCUGGUGAUAAAAUCGUUGUAACGAGUAAGGAUGAUGGAUCUGGGUGGACUGAAGGUCAGUUAAAUGGCUCUACGGGUCUUUUUCCAACUAGUUAUGCCAAGAGUGUUUAG